UAUAAGGAGCAAACACGAUACGAAAUUUCUUUUCCGGCAACUUCAAAUUCCACUCGUGGCGUUCGAAGGGCACGAGGAGAGACAAAGAGAAACACGAAGAGGGAGCUCCUCCACGGUAGCCAUGGAGUUGGGGCAAACCCUAACCUUAGCUCCAUGCCUUCCUCCCUCUACCCUGUGAGCUUCCCCUCACGUUUUCCCGUCGUUCCGGCCAUCAGAGAAGUAGAAGGAGGCGGAGAGGGGUGGAGAUGGAGAACCACAAGAAGUCUCUGCUGAGGGUCCGGUUUCGGGUCACGGCGAGGAAGCGCGGACGGGAGUUGAACUCCGGCGAGGGUUCCGCCCGGAAGCUCCGGGAGCGGGACUGCGUCAACUCCGUGAGGAAGCUCCACCGUCGCGAGAUUGGCGGGUUUCCGCGGAUGGCACGGGGCACCGCCACCAACGCGCCGGAGAAGUUCCGCAACAUCCAGCUUCAGGAGGAAUUUGAUACCUAUGAUCACAAUGUCAAUUUUUUUCUGAGAUUGCAAUUUCUAAAGAAGAGGUCCAAAAUCAUUGAGAUUGUUGCAGCAAAAGAUGUCAUAUUUGCUCUUGCACAAUCGGGUCUCUGUGCUGCUUUCAGUCGGACAACAAACAAACGCAUAUGCUUCUUGAACAUAAGUCCUGAUGAAGUGAUUAGAAGCUUGUUUUAUAAUAAGAAUAACGAGUCACUUAUCACAGUGUCGGUUUAUGCAUCGGACCAUUUCAGUUCCUUGAAGUGCAGGACAACUCCAAUAGAGUAUAUUAGGAGGAAUCAGUUGGAUGCUGGCUAUCCUCUUUUUGAAACUGAGUCACUAAAGUGGCCUGGUUUUGUUGAAUUUGAUGAUGUAAAUGGCAAAGUACUAACUUAUUCAGCUCAGGAUGGAACCUACAAGGUAUUUGACCUGAAGAAUUACUCCUAUCUGUACUCGAUAAGUGAUAAGAAUAUACAGGAGAUCAAAAUAAGUCCAGGAAUCAUGCUGCUAAUAUACCAGAGGACUCCUGGUUAUGUUCCACUGACUAUCCUGUCAAUUGAAGAUGGAACAGUGUUGAAAUCUUUCAAUCACCUGUUACACCGUAACAAGAAGGUUGACUUCAUCGAGCAGUUCAAUGAGAAGCUUCUGGUCAAGCAAGAGAAUGAGAACCUUCAGAUUCGCGAUGUGCGGAACUCGAACCUGAUUGAAGUGAGCCGAUCUGAAUUCAUGACCCCCUCAGCAUUCAUCUUCCUCUAUGAAAACCACCUCUUCUUAACGUUCCGGAACAGGACAGUUGCAGUGUGGAAUUUCCGCGGAGAACUCGUUACUUCCUUUGAAGACCACCUGCUGUGGCAUCCCGAUUGUAAUACCAACAACAUUUACAUCACCAGCGACCAGGAUCUGAUUAUCUCCUACUGCAAGGCUGAAGAUGGAAGUGAAGAUGAGGGAGAAGCUUCUCCUGUUGGAUCCAUCAACAUGAGCAACAUCCUUACUGGGAAGUGCAUUGCCAAAAUAUGCCCACUGGACUCUACACUCCAGAUUUCCCCUCGCAAGCGAGGUGAUUCCAAUCGAUCGACCAUCCGGAGCACCAUCAGGGAAGCUUUGGAGGAUGUGACUGCCCUGUUCUAUGAUGAGGACAGGAAUGAGAUCUACACUGGCAACAAGCAAGGUCUGAUCCAUGUCUGGUCCAACUAGUAGUUAUACCCUACCCUAGUGGGCAUCCAUCCUAGCUUCAGACAUCAAGUGCAUCUUCCUCCCAUAUCAUGCUCUAAGGUCCUGUUUGUAAGAUGGGGUCUUCUUUCAUCCCCACCAACCCACGAGUUGUGUGUUAUAAUGUUGUAUGUAUGGCAAUUAAGGUUGAAACACUAACAUCAUCUUUUCUUUUUAAUAUUUUUGGAAACAAAUUCUGUUUCUUUUUUAUUUUUUGUAGUUGAUUUUGUAUUCCUAUAUUUUACUAUAUGUACUAUUCUAGUCUCUAGAUCCU